CGCCGCUGCCGCCGAACUGGGGGGCCCGGGACCAGGGUGCCGGGGAUGAGUGCCAAGAUGGCCGCUCCGGCUCGGGCUGUUUUCAGAUACUUCAAGUAUUGUGAACAGAGACUGAUUUGGAUUAUGUGUUUCUCAGCUAGACUAAAUAAAUGUUAACAAUGGAUAAAUGCAAACACGUUGGGCAGUUGCGACUUGCUCAAGACCAUUCCAUCCUCAAUCCUCAGAAAUGGCACUGUGUGGACUGCAAUACGACUGAGUCGAUUUGGGCUUGCCUUAGCUGUUCCCAUGUUGCCUGUGGAAGAUAUAUUGAAGAGCAUGCACUCAAGCACUUUCAAGAAAGCAGUCAUCCUGUUGCAUUGGAGGUGAAUGAGAUGUAUGUUUUUUGUUACCUUUGUGAUGAUUAUGUUCUUAAUGAUAAUGCAACUGGAGACCUGAAGUUACUACGAAGUACCUUAAGUGCAAUCAAAAGUCAAAAUUAUUACUGCACAACUCGUAGUGGAAGGGUUUUACGGUCUAUGGGUACAAGUGAUGAUUCUUAUUUCUUACAUGAUGGCGCCCAAUCUCUGCUUCAAAAUGAUGAUCAAAUGUAUACAGCUCUUUGGCACAGGAGAAGGAUGCUAAUGGGAAAAAUUUUUCGAACAUGGUUUGAACAAUCACUCAUUGGAAGGAAAAGUCAAGAAGAACAGUUUCAGGAAAAGAUAGUACCAAAAAGAGAAGUGAAGAAAAGACAGCAAGAUUUAGAGUAUCAGGUUAAAGCAGAAUUGGAAAGUACGCCUCCAAGAAAGAGUUUACGUUUGCAAGGUUUAGCUCAGUCUACCACAAUAGAAAUAGUUCCUGUUCCAGUACCACCACAAACUCCAGCAUCACCAGCGAAAGAUAAAGUAGUAUCUACCUCAGAAGAUGUAAGACUUAAAAAAUUUAGUGACUCCUCAGUAAAACGAAGGCCAAUAGUAACUCCUGGUGUAACAGGAUUGCGAAAUUUGGGAAAUACUUGCUAUAUGAAUUCUGUUCUUCAGGUAUUGAGUCAUUUACUUAUUUUUCGACAAUGUUUUUUAAAGCUUGAUCUGAACCAAUGGCUGGCAGUGACUGCAAGUGAUAAGACAAGAUCUUCUUAUAAGCAUCCACCAGUCACAGAUACAUUAGUAUGUCAAAUGAAUGAAUGCCAAGAAAAAGAUACAAGUUUUGUUCGGUCUAGACAUUAUAGUUUGUCAUCAGGACUAAGUGGUGGGGCAUCAAAAAGUAGAAAGAUGGAGCUUAUUCAGCCAAGAGAGCCAAGUUCACAAUACAUUUCUCUUUGCCAUGAAUUGCAUACUUUGUUCCAAGUCAUGUGGUCUGGAAGGUGGGCGUUGGUCUCACCAUUUGCAAUGCUGCACUCAGUGUGGAGACUGAUUCCUGCCUUUCGUGGUUAUGCCCAACAAGAUGCUCAGGAAUUUCUUUGUGAACUUUUGGAUAAAAUACAACAUGAACUAGAGACAACUGGUACCAGUUUACCAGCUCUUAUCCCCACUUCUCAAAGGAAACUGAUCAAACAAGUUCUGAAUGUUGUAAAUAACAUUUUUCAUGGACAACUUCUUAGUCAGGUUACAUGUCUUGCAUGUGACAACAAAUCAAAUACCAUAGAACCUUUCUGGGACUUGUCACUGGAAUUUCCAGAAAGAUACCAGUGCAGUGGAAAAGAUGCUGCUUCCCAGCCAUGUCUGGUUACUGAAAUGUUGGCCAAAUUUACAGAAACUGAGGCUUUAGAAGGAAAAAUCUACGUAUGUGAUCAGUGUAACUCAAAGCGUAGAAGGUUUUCCUCAAAGUCAGUUGUACUCACAGAAGCCCAGAAACAGCUUAUGAUAUGCCAUCUACCUCAGGUUCUCAGACUACACCUCAAACGAUUCAGGUGGUCAGGACGUAAUAAUCGAGAGAAGAUUGGUGUUCACGUUGGCUUUGAAGAAAUCUUAAACAUGGAGCCCUAUUGCUGCAGGGAGACCCUGAAAUCCCUCAGACCAGAAUGCUUUAUCUAUGACUUAUCUGCUGUAGUAAUGCACCACGGGAAAGGCUUUGGCUCAGGACAUUAUACUGCCUACUGCUAUAAUUCUGAAGGAGGGUUCUGGGUACACUGCAAUGAUUCCAAGCUAAGCUUGUGCACUAUGGAUGAAGUAUGCAAGGCCCAAGCCUAUAUCUUGUUUUAUACCCAACGAGUUACUGAAAAUGGACAUGCUAAACUGCCUCCAGAACUCCUGUCUGGUAGCCAGCACCCCAGUGAAGAAGCUGAUACCUCUUGUAAGGAAAUCCUUAGCUGAUCCAAAGAUGGUGGGGCUUUCUUAUGAUUUGUAUAUAUACUUUUUAAAAGGGCUGACUUCCAAUUUUAAGCUUCAUUGUUUUUAUUUUUUACUUAUGAAUCAGUGCACACUACAUUUAUACAUUUUGUAUCUAACUGCAACAAAACUUUUUUACAGAGUAAAAAAAGUAUAAACAUAUGAACUGCAGGUAACUAAACUUUUUUCAAUUUCUUGGGAGUUUUAGUGUUUACCUCAGACUGGUGUUACCUCUUUUAUAUUUUGAUGUCUUAAUUGGCUCAGAUCAUGAAUUUGUGCAAUCCUCUACUGAAGAAGUUCAGGUGGCAUCAUUUUAUAUAUAUUUGUUAUUUAUCUUUUGUAGCUAUUUUAUAUACAAAUUCUUAAUGGAUAGAAAAAUUACUUACAUCACUAAUAGGCUUACCCAGAAAACAAGGCUUUUCUUUUAGGCCACUGGAUAUUGAAGUCACCUUUACCCCUUAAAGGGAAUUAAACUAAUACAUCAAAGUGUUAGUAUCACCUAAAUAUUCACCGAUCACACUGAUUGAUAUUCCUGAGGCUUUGCUGUACAAGACUUAGAACAGAUACUACUUUGGCUAGUAUAACUUCACUUUAAAAUUUAUUACGGUUAUUAAAAUAAUUGUUCUUUAUUUGUCAUAGUCAAACUGUAUCGAAAUGAAAAUGGCAGCUUUACAAAUAAGUAUAUUUAAGUGAGCUUUGGAACUGUGGACAUUAAAAAAUGAUGGCUGGGAUUUAUGAUUUUUGUCUGGCAGCAAACAGGUUUGUCCAGAUUGUAAUAAAGCAGUCAUAUAAAAAAUCUGAAUUUAGCAAACUGGUGUAUUAUGAUGUUGUUUAAAUAGUUUUAUCUUGGGUACGGGUUCAUUUUAUAUGUUUCAUAACAUUCGAUCUCUUAAAGCUUUGUAUAUCUUGAUUUUUUAGUUCAAAGGAGAAAAAAACAUGGAGGGCCAAGAUAAUUGUUUAAAAUUGGCAACUGGGCUAUAUGUCUA